AUGAUGGAAUGGGCCAUCAAACUAUCUCAUCCGCAUCUUCUGUACUCUGAAACGUCACUCUCACUGGGAUUCGCUCUCGCAAGCACUUUCCAUGUUGUUCUUUGCUUUGUUCUGCUAGGUUUAGCUGCAUCUGAAUACCUGUGUCCCAAUGUCGCAAAGCUGGCAGAGAUCACUGGCCAUGGAAAUGGGCCAUUGAUGGCGGUGCUUCUUGCCUGGUGCAAUUGCUCCCCCGAUCUGUUUUCAAACUUCAUGAGCUGGACUUCCACUAGUACUCCCUCUAGCGGUGUUGCGCUAUCGGUCGGUGAAGUUUUGGGGGCUUGUGGGAUUAUACUGUGUGUCGUGGAGGGUUCCAUAUUUGUUAUAAUGUCCUCUGCACAGCUUGAGCUCUCCAGCGGCCAGAAAUUGAAUGUACUAAGAGAUCUGGCGUUUACGCUAGUGGCAAUAUUGCUUCUAUUGUAUCUGAGUAUCCGGCAGAAGAUAUCGGCGUUGGAUUGCCUGGUAAUGCUAACAAUCUACGUAUCGUACCUGUUCGCUAAAUUCAAAUGGAGGAUAGGUGAGGGCCAGGAGACAGAAUUUGACAAUGGGGAUGAGAACUAUCGAGGCCAGGAAUUGGAUGGAGCCAAUCUGCCGAGCAGAAUCAAGCCGAGCUUAAUCUCAGCGAUGGAAAUAAACGACAUAUUAUCUAUGCUGCAGAGCUCAAGGACCGCCUCCACCAGGUCGCAGGGAGAAUUAAUGACUUUAAAUGCGGAGGACAAUGCCUUCACCGUUUUGGAGGAAGCCAGGCCUUCGACCGAACCGCUGAGACAAUCUGAUGUCAGUGAAUUUCAAGAAUUGCCAAGAAGUUCUCCAGCGGCCUUUGGUCCCUACUUCGAUAAUCCUGAGCAGCAAGACGGGGAGAUGCUCAUUGAAAUACCAUUAGUGAAAAGAAGAGGGGGAAUACAGAAAUGGAAGAGAGGUUUUUUUAAGCUGUUCGUUCCACACCUUUUAAACUUUCGGCAGAAAUCCGCGAUUGAUGCCAUCUUAUCAGUGUGCACCGCACCGUUUGCUACGUUAUUGCGCCUAGCUUGUCCCCAAACUACCAACAUCUUAGAAGUUGACAACAACACUGGGAAAUAUACUGCUACAAACGUAGACAUAACUUUGCUGUUCGUGCAAUCGAUAUUUUGUCCGGUUUUCUCAUUUGCUGUCAUUUCCUGUAUAAUGGCCAAAGGUAUGUCAUUCAUGCUAUGGAUUUUGUCAUUUCUCGCAGCUGCUUGCCUAUUUUUUCUGGCGCUAAUAUUCUACAGAUCCUUGUUGUCCUUUAACAGGUUUUCGCUGUUGCAACCAUCAUGGAAUGUAGCUUCUGAUUCAGACGAGCUUGGCGAUGAAAGAAGGAUGGUUGAGAAGCUAGGCAAUGUGAUUAGCAUGAUUUUCCUUUCGUUUGGGAUAGUCAAUGCCACCCUUUGCAUAUCACUGAUCGCCAACUCUUUGAUCGAGCUCCUAGAGAUAUAUCAGCGCAUCACGAAGGCCUCUCAGGCAAUUCUGGGAUUGACACUUUUCGCCUGGGGGAAUUCUGUUGGCGAUCUCAUUUCCAACAUUGCUAUGUGCAGACUUUACCGCAAGAAACCUCAGGCUGUGGGGCAAAACGUUGGUAAAAUCGCCACCAAGUUCUUCCUCAUAUCAUGCACUUCCUGUAUUGGUGGAGUGUUACUCAAUUCCAUGGGUGGCAUUGGCCUAAGCGGUCUUAUAUCCAUGACAUUCGUUCACCAAAGCUCUAAUAAAUGGUUAUUUCUGAGGGCAGUUGACUUACACGAUGGUGAACACUCCCAUAACUAUAAGCUGAUAAUAUCUUGCGCAGCUAUUAUUCUUCAAACUAUUCUAUUGGCAAUUUUCUUCGGAGCUUCUGGACGAUUACACAAUUACGUUAGAGGUAAGAUGCGAAUAGCGGGGCUAUGUAUGUGCAGCAUUUGGGCGAUAGCCACAACCUGUAAUGUUUUGUUGGAGAUAUUGCAAUGA